AGUGAGGGGGCGUAGCUGACAUUUCUCUCGCGAUAUUUCGAUCAACUUCCUGACUGCUGAAAACAUGGCGGACGAACACGGACGGAAAUGGGACCGCUGUCUUGCUGACACAGUCGUGAAAACAGUCACUGGCCUUGGUGUGGGUGUCGUGUUCUCCGUCCUCCUAUUUAAACGUCGCACAUGGCCUGUGUCGUUUGGUUCAGGGUUGGGACUGGGCAUGGGAUACGCCAACUGCCAGCAUGACUUCAGGUCACCAUACCUCAUACAUGGCCACAUGACUAAGGACCAGCAGUGAAGGACUAAAAGUGAUGAUCAUCCACGAAGGUGCUCAUCUGUUUCCCUGUGUUAUUGUUUUGCUGCCCCUUUCUGUCCUGCCACUAAAGUCCGACCAUGCCUAAAUGGCAGUCGAUGUAUAUUUAAUAAAGUGAUUGUGGAAAAACUC